AUGCGGGUGAGUGCUGGUCACGCCGGGACUCUUGGGUAUAUGGCUCCUGAGGUUGAAUGGGGAAAGCCAUACGGGACUAAAUCCGAUGUGUAUGCAUUUGGGAUAUGCUUGUGGGAGAUAUAUUGUUGCGACAACAUAUCGGACCAUCUAUUCAAAACAAAACCAACCAUACCGGCAGAUUGUCCAAAAUCCCUAGCUCAAUUAAUAGAACGGUGUUGGGAUACUGACCCAAAGAAGAGGCCGGCAAUGAAAGACGUGGUUGUUGAGUUGGAAGAAAUGGUGAAAUCCGAAGAGUGGAAAACGUCGCCAGAAGAUGAACAUAGCACCGGCGGUUUUGGUUGCUUUGGGCCGUUAUUCAAGAAUGGAGGAUAG